AUGGCGGCUCUGCUCUGGGCUGCUCUGCACUGGGCUGGCUGGCUGGCUGAGCCUGUGACCAUGGGGGAUUAGACAGGAUUAGCUUUAUGGUAACCUUCCCAAAGUGUCAGUCUGAGACCCAUAGUCCUGUGAAGCAGGCAGCCUGGGAAUCCAGCAGGCCCAACCCCAACGGCCCUAGCGGCCUCCACAGCCCAGGGGACCAGUUCAGAGGGGAUUAAUGCCACAGCCACGCCGCCAUACACACACACAGUCCUACACACACACAGUCCUACACACACACAGUCCUACACACACACACAGUCCUACACACACACACACAUUGGGUGGAGGGGGGGGGGGGGGUACCCUCUGAGUGUAACAAUAAAACAAAGGCUCUCAAUAAUAAAUACCUCACAUGAGGAAAAGUGUAUUUCAGUCUAUCGGUCGGUUAGCCAUAGCUCAGGGAAUUAUUGCUCACUAGGAUAUAGAUGAGCUGCUGACUAAAUCACAUUCAAAUGAAUGAACUACAUUGCCCUUGCUUCUUGCAGUUGUCUUUACUUUCAAGCACUGGUUUUCCAGAUAGCGGCUAUGAUUGUGAUAUGUGGUUGUUUUACCUACCUUAGUUGAAUGCACUGAUCGUAAGUCACUCUGGAUAAGAGCGUCUGCUAAAUAACUAUGAUGGAAAUGCCUUUGACUGUAAUGUAAUAUAAUGGUGUUACUUUCCUGUCUCCCACUCUGUCUAGUUUUUAUUAGAGAUGAAGAUUCUGAUCCUGUCUAGUAUUUAUUAGAGAUUAAGUCUGAUCUUGCCUCCCUCUCUGUCUAGUAUUUAUUAGUGAUGAAGAGUCGGAUCCUGUCUCCCUCUCUGUCUAGUAUUUAUUAGAAAUGUGGGUACUUGGUAUUUUAUUAGGAUCCCCAUUAGCUGUUGCAAAAGCAGCAGCUACUCUUCCUGGGGUCCACACAAAAAAUGAAACAUGACAUAAUACAGCACAUUAAUAGACAAGAACAGCUCAAGGACAGAACUACAUAAUACUUUUUUUAAAGGCACAUGUAGCCUACAUAUCAAUACAUACACACAAACUAUCUAGGUCAAAUAGGGGAGAGGCGUUGUGCCGUGAGGUGUUGCUUUAUCUGUUUUUUUUAAACCAGGUUUGCUGUUCAUUUGAGCAAUAUAAGAUGGAACGUAGUUCCAUUCAAUAAUGGCUCUAUAUAAUACUGUACGCUUUCUUGAAUUUGUUCUGGAUUUGGGGACUGUGAAAAGACCCCUGGUGGCAGGUCUGGUGGGGUAAGUGUGUGUAUCAGAGCAGUGUGUAAGUUGACUGCAAACUAUUUGGGAUUUUCAACACAUGAAUGUUUCUUAUAAAAAGAAGAAGUGAUGCAGUCAGUCUCUCCUCAACUCUUAGCCAAGUGAGACUGGCGUGCAUAUUAUUUAAAUCAGCCCUCUGAUUACAAUGAAGAGCAAGACGUGCCACUCUGUUCUGGGCCAGCUGCAGCUUAACUAGGUCUUUCCUUGCAGCACUCGACCACACGACUGGAUGAAGGAUCCUGUCUCCCUCUCUGUCUGUAGUAUUUAUUAGAGAUGAAGGGUCUGAUCCUGUCUCCCUCCCUCUCUGUCUGUAGUAUUUAUUAGAGAUGAAGAGUCUGAUCCUGUCUCCCUCUGUCUGUAGUAUUUAUUAGAGAUGACGAGUCUGAUCCUGUCUCCCUCUGUCUGUAGUAUUUAUUAGAGAUGACGAGUCUGAUCCUGUCUCCCUCUGUCUGUAGUAUUUAUUAGAGAUGAAGAGUCUGAUACCUGUCUCCCUCUCUGUCUGUCUGUAGUAUUUAUUAGAGAUGAAGAGUCUGAUCCUGUCUCCCUCUGUCUGUAGUAUUUAUUAGAGAUGAAGAGUCUGAUACCUGUCUCCCUCCCCCUCUGUCUGUAGUAUUUAUUAGAGAUGAAGAGUCUGAUCCUGUCUCCCUCUGUCUGUUGUAUUUAUUAGAGAUUCCGAGUCUGAUCCUGUCUCCCUCUCUGUCUGUAGUAUUUAUUAGAGAUGAAGAGUCUGAUCCUGUCUCCCUCUGUCUGUAGUAUUUAUUAGAGAUUCCGAGUCUGAUCCUGUCUCCCUCUCUGUCUGUAGUAUUUAUUAGAGAUGAAGAGUCUGAUCCUGUCUCCCUCUGUCUGUAGUAUUUAUUAGAGAUGAAGAGUCUGAUACCUGUCUCCCUCUCUGUCUGUCUGUAGUAUUUAUUAGAGAUGAAGAGUCUGAUACCUGUCUCCCUCUGUCUGUAGUAUUUAUUAGAGAUGACGAGUCUGAUCCUGUCUCCCUCUCCGUCUGUAGUAUUUAUUAGAGAUGACGAGUCUGAUCCUGUCUCCCUCUCCGUCUGUAGUAUUUAUUAGAGAUGAAGAGUCUGAUCCUGCCCCCAGAACACAUCCUGAAGAGGGGGGACAGUGAGGCGGUGGCCUAUGCCUUCUUUCACCUGCAGCACUGGAAGAGGGCAGAGGGAGCCUUAAACCUGCUGCACUGCACCUGGGAAGGCAGUACGUACUGGGACAUUGAUUGAUUGAUGAAUUAAUGGGUUACUUGAUUAAUUGAUUGAUUGAUUGCAUUAUGCAUUGGCAGUACUCACAUUACAAAUCACUGACAUUAAAAAUCUAUGCACAGACACCAUCCAAUCUAUUCUCAUGCUUGAUGUGUUUUUUUCUGCAUUUCUCUCCUGCAGCUUUUCGGAUAAUUCCCUACCCUCUAGAGAAGGGUCACCUGUUUUACCCUUACCCUGGGUGCACAGAAACAGCAGAUCGGGAACUGCUGCCAAGUAAGCAGUAGGACAAGUAACUACUAUACAGUAUGCUCAAUGCAAUGGUCAAUUCAGCUGUCCACUCAUGAUAUGUGUCUGUCUCUCUCUCUCUCUCUCUCUCUCUCUCUCUCUCUCUGUCUCUCUGUCUCUCUGUCUCCAUGUCUCUCUGUCUCUCUGUCUCUCUCUGUCUCUCUCUCUCUCCUGCAGCCUUCCAUGAGGUGUCUGUUUACCCAAAGAAAGAGCUUCCCUUCUUCAUCCUCUUCACAGCAGGCCUUUGCUCCUUCACUGCCAUGCUGGCCAUGCUCACACACCAGUUCCCUGAGCUCAUGGGCGUCUUUGUCAAAGCA